GCUUGAUAACGCCUCAACACAACCGACAAAAUGAAACUGAUUGUUUUUGCCGUUUUACUGUGUACCGCCUUGGCUGGACGCUUAGAUAACAAUUACGUACAACCCCAAGGGCAGAAUGUUCGCUCUGGACCCACCCCGCCGCCACCGGCCAUCCUACGCCUGAACAACGACAACAGGGGCGACGGCAGCUACAAAUUCGAUUUCGAAACAGAGAACCAGAUCACCCAGCAGGAAUACGGCGAAGUGAAGAACGCGGGAACCGACCAAGAAGUUAAUGUGAUCCAAGGGUCCUACUCCUAUACCGGUCCUGAUGGUGUCAUUUACACCGUAAAUUACGUCGCCGAUGAGAACGGAUUCAGGGCCUCGGGCGACCAUAUCCCAACCGCCGCCCCCGUCCCUGCCGAAAUCGCCGACGCCGUCCAGCAAAAUGCCGCUGAAGAGGCUCAGGGAUAUGUAGAUGACGGACAGUACAGGCCAGAGGGCGAAGGACCAGAAAGGCCUCAAAAGGGUUACAACAACCGUUACUAAGACUUGAAUUUACCGUAGUUUUGUAAAUACUUGAAACUAUUUAUUACACAUUAAAGU